AUGCUCGCAGCGCUUUUAUGGCUGCUCGACCUCGACCACGGCCACGCGGCAUCCUCGUCGUCCACGUCCUCAAGGAGCAGUGACAGCGGCUCGUUGGACGCCGACGCAGGCGUCGAGACCAACCCGACUGCCACCCAUACCACCUUUUCCGGCGCUGACGGGCAACUUCUGGCCGAGUUGCGUAUUUCCUCUGUUGCGGCGGCGACACUUUCCGGGAGCGCCAGUGAGGCUGCCGCUCCUCCCCGCGGUGCCGUCUGCGCCUCACCGCGGCAUCUGGAGGAGUCCUUCGCGGACCUCGAGGCGCGCAAGGCCGAGUUUUUUGCCCCGCCCCCGUGCCCGGAACCGGCAGGGGAUGUGGGUCUCGGGCUGAGCUCCCUCGCAGGGCGAUGCUGGCGUCCCGCCUCGCCCGCACCGCCGUUGUCGCCCAAGAUUAUUCCAUUGGGGAGCCUGCGCACCUACCCCAAUGCGACUGUGAGCCUGUCGCCGAUCCCGUCUCCAGUCCCUGCACCGCUGUCUGCGACAGUCGUCACAUCGCUCGCGCCGGCACCCGAGGACGAGCGGCUGCUUUUGGUGCGUGAGGGUGUGAUGCUCUCGGCUCGCUUGCCCUCCCCCAACCGCGGCGGAUCGCGCGCGGCAGGUGAGGGAGCCGAGAUUGCCAACAACGGCUCUGCAACGGGCGCGAUUGGCGCGGGUGUGGCGGAGCCCCCACGGCAAUUUCGAAUUCUUGAGUGGGACGAGGAAGUGCACGCGCGACCGCAGGCGAGUCCGCCGCUGGGACUUAGUGCCAACCGAGGCGAACGCGCUGCUCGCAGCGGCACCGAGGCGCAGGAGAGGCGCCAGCAGAUUGCUGAUGCCGAGCCUGGGGAGGUGCGGCUCGUACACGGUGCAAUGAAGACGGCGUUCAUGGCUUCUACACCCCCGCACACACCGGCUCUCGGCGCCGCCGCUCUCGCACCAGCUGCUGUGCCUGGCUACUCCAUCGAGUGUAUACACGACACUCCUGCGCAGGAGGACUCGGGUGUGGUGCACCUCGCCAACGGGUUGGUGACCGUGACGUCAAUGGAUGUCGGUGAUCUGCACCGGCAGGCGGAACAGUCUUCGCCACCGCUGACACAUCCGCUAGCAGCACCCAUGACGGCGCCGUCUCGCACGAAGCAGCCGCACUUUGACUUCUCCUGA